CAUGGGUGUCUUCAGCUAUGUCGGAUUUUUCCUUUGUUGUGUUCUUUUCUUCGGAGUUGUUCUUUCGCAUGCAGACACAACGCUCCAAAACGACACUAUAUCGACCAUCUGUCCAAAUACCAGUAACCCAUUGUUAUGCUGGCAAAUGUUGAAACCGGGGCUCGAGGCGAAAGAGACAGCCAAUCUAGAGCUUAAGAAACGAUAUUCAUAUUGCUCGAAAUCCAUAAAGUCUACGGUGACCGACAUAGAAGUUGCUCAAGAAUAUAUGGGCUAUGGUUCUUAUAUUGUCGCCGAUCUUAAUACCAUGGGUGCCUUUACGGAUUCAGGUGAUUGUCUAAAUAGCUUCAAUCAGCCGCCACCGGAACCAUCGGCUCUUCAAAAGAGCAUCAAGAAUCUUAAUGAUAUUUGUGAGAUUGCCUGUCAUUUGACGCAUUUUAUCGCCGGAGAUGAUGCUUGAACUUAGUCGUGGUGUGCUCAAAUAAUGUUUUUUUUUUUUUAAUCUUUCGGGAAUGAGAUUUGAAAGUAUUGUAUCGUAUUUUGAUUUUAUUAAGAAUUAAAAUAAAUUAUUUAAAUCGAA